CUAGUAAGUAGAUAAAGAAAUGUGGUUAUUUUUUUUAUAGCAAUUCUAAUGUUGUACAUUGUAACUGUGGAACUGUAAUUUCAAUUUAUAAUAAAGAAAGGUUAGAAACGAAUUUUGACAAGUUAUAAAAAAUGUCUAAAUCAGAAAUAAUAGAUAAAACGUUACAAGAUGAGAUAAAUAAUUCUCUAGAUUUUGACGUAACGAUUCCAUGGCCCAAAGAAUUAACAGAGGUGCUAUUUUUUAAUUCGUUGCAAUGUGUAUUUUAUAAAAUAAUUAUAAUUGCAAAAUAAAUGUAAAAGUAACUUAUAUCUACAACACAUCACAGGAAAUUUUACCUGAUCACAUCAUAUUCCCAAAAGAAUUAAAUUUAUUUUUAAGGAAUCGGAUACAGGUAAUUAGGAUAAAUACAGUUUAUAGAUUUAUCAUUCUUUCAAAAUGACGUUUAUAGAAUAUAUUAAAUAUAAAAAGAAAAAAUCGAUUUUACCAUAAAGUGAAAUUAAUAUCGCAAAAUAAAUAACAGGAUUUAAUUGCUGAAAAUGGUUGUCUGCGUCGGGCACUCGAAGAGGCGGAGGAGAAAAUCCACAAAAAGCAAGGAAUUGCAGAAGGGGGGUAUUCAACAAUUUUAGGAAAACCUCAUGAAGUAGCAACAGCAAAAAUUAUCGAGCUUAGCAGAAGAUGUCGAGAACAGAUAGCCGAGAUUGAAGUUCUUAAAUCAAAGUGCAAAAAUCUAGAAGUGCAUUUAACUAACAAAGAAACAGAAUUAGAAAAUGAGCGACACGAAAGGAGACAUUCGAAAACAGAUGACUCCUCUCAGAAGAGUGAGUUAUAUUAAAGAUUUUUCAGUCGUACACGACAUUUUUAUACUGUUACAUUCUUCCAUCAUCAUUCCGUCAUAUUAUGAUCGAGAUACAGGAUGGUAUCCUUGACAAAGGUACCAAGAAUAGUCAGCCGAAGGGAGACGAGGAUCGAAUCAAACAUUUGUACGAAAAGUUACAACAGACUCAAAUAAAACUCUAUGAAUCCAAAAAUAUUUGUGCCAGUCUUAAACAAGAGAUUAAUAAAUUGCAUAAGUUAUUGUACAGCGAAAUUGGUGUAAAUGUGAAUUUGAAUAAUUUAUUGAAUCAAUCUGGAUGGCGAGGGAGAGCCGAACAGAUUCAUCUGCUGCAGCAAAAAAUAACGGAACUGCAAUCAAGAUUGUCGGAAUACGAAGGAACGCAGAAGACAUCCAUCGGUAUUAAAACGAAAUUCCGGAGUUGUAGGUUUUUAUUUAUAAGGUGUAUGUCUUGUAUAUUAGUGUCUGUAGAACGGAAAAAUUUGGAAAAUCUUCGAAAUGUUGAGAAAGAGAGGCGGCGACAAAUAGAAGAUUCAGCGAAGCAACUUCGGCAAACGGAAGUCAUCGUUGAGGGAUACAAGAGGAAGCUAGAGGCUUCGAAGGCAAGGAUAAAAGUGCUGGAGCAUGAGUUGAAUGCUGCGAAAGGAAAUAUUGCCAUAUUAAACGAGAAGAGAACUCAUGAUAAUCAUUUAAUCGAGACACUCAAUAAUCGACUUAAAACUACCGAGAUAAAACACGAAGAACGCGAGAUAGAUAUGAAAAAUAGAGCAGAGAAGUUCGAACGUGAGUACACUAACUUAAAGAACGAUUUGCAGUCGGCGCAACUUCAAAUCGAUCGGUUGCGUAGAAGACUGGAAGAACGAGAAAUCGAGAUAGAUAAGUUGAGAAAUGGAACAGUCCCGAACAUACGGGAUAUUAAAUCUCGAAAUAUUGCGCAACCUGAAGAGUUAUUAAAUAAUUUGAACCACAGUGAUCCUCCUCAUAGCGCUCGAAGUACGUGCGAACCUAACGAAUAUGUAACUUUGGCUUUUGCUGCUGAAGCUGAAAGAGAGAGACUGCUGGAGUUAAUAACAAUCCUCAACAGGCGUCUAGAUAAAGAGAGAAACUAUGCUGACACUCUUUCUAACACGUUACGCAAUGAGAAAGAUAAAUCGGCAAAGUUAGAAUUAAAGAUACGAAAAUUGGAGACAGAAAGAAUAGGGAUCGUUAAAAUUGACACUGGCUAUAAAACGAAAUUACCGAAAUUAUCGAAGACUAGUGACAAAGAAACGAAUGCUGAACAAAUGCGGCUCAAGAUGGAGUUAUUACAAGAAGAAUGCCUCGCGUUGAAAGCUAGAUUAGACACUGUGCAACAGGACAAAGCUGAGGAUCUUGCGACUUAUAAGCAGAUGCACGAGCAAGUUAGAAAAAUUUUUCACGAAGCCUGCAGAAUCAAACCACUGCCUCCCAUUGGUAGUCGUUCUGCCAUUACAGUUUAAUCAGAAUUUAAAACUUUCGAUAGCCUUCUAAGAGUCUAAAACAUUCGAUAACUUUAGCGGAGCGAAACUCAACGAAUUUAUUACGAUUGUAAAUCAUGAAAUAAAGUAUAAUGGUU